AGCAGCAGUCAAAGCUUCAAAAUGGCGGCUCCUAGGAGCUCGGUUGCGCAGGGUGGAUUUUGGAGUACCCCUCAAGUUAAAUACAGUAAAGAGACACACGAUUUACUUAAAGAAAUGAUGCGCGAGUCCAAAUUGACAAACUUUCAGCAACGACAGGUGGAUAGGACUUUAAAAGAUGGGGGUCAGCUGCCACUGCAAUUACCUCCAACCUCAAGCAUCCGACGAGCAAAGCCUCCAAAACUGGUGACUUCUAGUACUAUCUUAAACCCAAGGAACUAUUCAGGAGGCAUCAGAAGCCGUGAAACCAUGGAGGCACAAGGAGCAUUCAAAAAGUCAGAUUAUGUGCCGCCACGUUACAACACACGGUCUGCACGAGAAAAGGAAAAGCUUGCAAACAUUAUGGCUUAUGGGGAAGACGUACCAAACAUACCAAUGGAGCGUGUUCGCAAACGUUUGGAAUCUCCUCCCCCUGAGCCUGAUCGUUUUGACGAGCUACAACAAGAAAUUGAGGAAAGACAAAAGUUUCUAUCUGAGAUGGAAAGUCUUGGUCGGGGGGAAAAGUAUCGCAACAUUAUUGCAACAGAAAUCUCACAGAAAAUUCGUGAAAUGGAAAUAAUUGACAAGAAGCGGUCAAAAGAGUUGGAGGAUAUUCUAAAAAUGCAGAAUAAAGAAUCUCAAAGCAGCGGCAUUCCACAUGCAACUGUCAUGAUACAAUGAAUUUUUUUUGUUCUCUAAACACACAAGACGUUUUGUCUAAGCCUAAUAGUUUUAUUUCCACUCAUCGUGUUUUUGACCAUUUGAUGCAAAAAAUAAUAUAUUCCCAUGUCUGGACCAAGUACAUCUAGUGCAUUUUGGGGGCUUUAGUGAACGAAACUGACAAUACUGCAGUUACCUGUCGUGACAUUAUUCACCUUUAGAGAACAAUAGCUUUUAAUUUCAGUUAUCAAAUGUGAGUACAGUCACCUAUUAUGGAGUAGGGACUAGAUUUUUUUGUGGUUAUCUGUUCUUACUCAGAAUCUUACAUGUAAUUUGUUUUGUGGAUAUAUAUGUAAAUGAUUUUUUUAAUUUUUGGCUAGUCAAAGGAAAUCCAUUUAUGUAGACUUUGAUCAUUACAAAAUAAAUCCAGUCACCAUUGAGUGGUUUAGUGAUCUUCAGUUUAGAUGCUGCUGCUAUUUGACUUUUGCAUGCUGUUUUCACUUCUUAAAGGAUGGAAGUUGAUGAUUUAAAGAUUACUAGAAAUGCACAGGGUAAAUCUGUUUCUUCAGUAUAGGAUAUCAGCUAGCUGAGGGGUUAGAACACUCAACUAUGAACCCAAAUACCAGUUUAACGAGUGCAUAUACAUUUUGCUUACUUUGUUUAACAAGGUUCAAGCCUAACACUAAACUAUGCUUGAAACUUCAGGCAUUGUGGAUUUUAGGACACUGGAUUUGUUACAAGCAGACAUACCUCUUUUUCAUUCUCAAAUUUUUUACAAAUCAGUUCAAUGAUCCUACCAUUGUAUUUCCUGUUUCCAACAAAUUCUGAGACUUAGGUAACUGUAUUUUUGGGAGACUGAUCAGUCUUUUCUAUGCACAUGCAUGUACAAGUGUAUACAAAAGCAAUCUGCUUUGUGAACCCUCUUUGAGAGUGCUGUAGACUACACAUACUCACUUUCUCAAACAUUUGACACACAAAAGCACGUUCCAAGAGAUUUCAAAUUCACAGAUUUUCAGUAUCAUUUUUAAGAUGCUCACAAUUCGAAAAUCAGGUAGAUCAAAUUAAAAUGAUCACUUUUUGAUUUGCAACAAAAUGUUUUAGCACAAAAGUUUUAACACAGCAAAGUGACUCCAAAAUACAAAAUAGUAAAUAACACAGCAACAUUAAAAUUCAUAAGCAGAGAUGGAGAAAGCACACUUAAUAAGAAUGUUAUUAUGUUAAGCAAUGCUGGAUUGCCGAAUGCUGCACAGACUUUGUCACUAGAAAUAGUAAAUGCAAUCAGUGGUUGUACCUAAGCAAACAACUUAUUAAAAUCAGCCACAUGCACAUAGCUGCAGAAGUGCAAGUACACACCUGUAUCCAUAAGUCCUUUGUGUUACUCAGGAAAAUCCCUUGCACAUGAAAAACAUCAUUUGUGGUCUUGAACUGUUAUUAAACAACUUACAAAGUUUUUGUUUUACAUCUACAAUUCAAGAAAGCAGAAAUCUGAGGACUCCAUUGUGUAAAUCUCAUGUGCUUUAAAGAAAUAUCCCACAAAAACAUUCUUGUUUAAGCACAUCUACCAAGGAUAAUGUAUCAUUUUUGUGCAAUGUAUAAUUAAAAAUUUUAAACCCUGUCACACACACUGCUGAUAAGAUCUCAACCAUGUCACCAGAAAAGAGUAAACAUGUUUCUUGCACAUACAAAUGCAUUUUAAUGCGUAUAUGUACAUAAACAUACCAAUACUACCAUUUGCUCAUAUGUGCACACACACAUAUGCAUAUUGGGAUUUCAACACAAUUUUACUUGGAAAUUCUCAGUUUACAUGAAACUGAAAGUAGGCACAAAAGUGAAUUUGAUACUAUAUGGGACAGAAAGGACGGAAAGAAAUGCAUGUAAGCAAAUGUGAGCUAGAAAGAAAGAUGUCUUUGGUAGCAACAAAAUAAACCCACAAGCCAUAUGCUAAGCCAAAUACAAGUUCCUGCCAAAAAAAAAAAAAGAAAAAA